AUGGACCGCAAAAGUCUGGAAAAGUUGGCCAACAACGGCAACGUGGCCAAUCAUGCCAUCAUCGUUCCCAGCUACGCAUCAUGGUUCGACUACGACUCGGUGCACCAAAUCGAGAAGCUGGCGCUGCCCGAAUUUUUCAGCGGCGUCAACAAGAGCAAGAGCCCUGAAUGUUAUCUCGGAUAUCGAAACUUCAUGAUCGAUACAUACCGCCUGAGGCCUUCCGAAUAUCUCACCGCCACGGCAUGCCGCCGGAAUCUGGUUGGCGAUGUGGCGGCAAUCAUGAGAGUGCAUCAUUUCCUGGAGCAAUGGGGCCUUAUAAAUUAUCAGGUAGAUUGUGCAAGUCGUCCAGUCGUCAAGGGCCCUCCCCGAACUUCUCACCUCACGGUACUCGCCGACACGCCGCUUGGCCUACAGCCCAUGGAGAGCAUCGCGCCAGCUCCCAAAAUCGAAGUCAAGCAACCGGAAGAACAGCCGAAAAGCGUGGAGCCUCCGAAAAAGAAACGGGGCCGACCGGCCAGGAAAUCCGACAAGUUCGCGAAGCAGCUAGCCGAGGAGGCUGUUACCAAAGAAGUCCCAAAAGCCCGGAACUGGACAGAUCAAGAAACUGUGAUGCUGCUGGAGGCCAUGGAACUUUUCAAGGAUGAUUGGAACAAGGUAGCUGAGCAUGUGGCCACUCGUACACAACACGAAUGCAUCCUCCAAUUUCUACGCCUGCCCAUCAUGGAUCCGUAUCUGGCUGACAGUGACGGAGAAAAUAAAUCCGACGAUCCCAUCAUGGCCACCGUCGCCAAAUUGGCGUCGCUCUCUGAUGCGGGCCUCGCAAUCGCUGCUAAGGAGAACGAGCUGGAAGAGCUACGUAAAGUCGGUGGCCAGUUUCCCCCACUGUUACUCGAAGCGCACAUCAAAAAUGUCACUGCGUAUUAUGAAAAGACUGGCAAAAUUGACGGUAGCGUCGGGUUGGCGAGCAGUGGUAUUGCAGGCGCUGCGGAGGCUGCAGCUUCGGAAGCGAUGGAUACGGACACGGGCAGCGGCGAGAAAUCGACGAAGGAAGAAAUUGCUGCGCACAUCAAAGAAGCCGCUUCUGCAGCUCUGGGCGCACUCGCGGCAAAAGCACAGCAAGAAGCCGAAGUCGCGGAACGUCUGAUGGUCCAAAUCAGCAUCGCCAUGAACGAGGCCCAGUGCAAGAAAAUGGAGUGCAAACUUGAUGUCGUGGAAAAGCUGGAGAAGUGCUUGGACAAGGAGAUUGAAAUGAUUGAACACCAACGUCAGCAACUGAUCCUGGAACGACAGAGCUUAUAUGCUGGGCUCCGUCGAGAGUAUGAAGAACUAGCCAAGCGCGAGGCUCAGCUCAAUCUUCAGGCCAAUGGCGCCCUACCCACCCCACUUCCGUCCGAUUUCCCGCCGCCUAGCUCGCCACCGGCUAUCCGAGGAACGUCUGUCCCCGGCGGGCCACCAAGCAUGGCC